UUUUCGUUGUGUAACUUAAUAGUCCCCUUGCAUCAUCGGUAUGAGGCCGUUGGCUUUGACGUUACUGUGUGGUUUCCUCUCUUUAAUUAGUGGUGAGGACUGUAUCCCAGAAAUCUUGAAAUGUUCCCCCUUAAGAGUUUCUUUAAGCACUUAUAAAGACUUAGCAGAAACAGAGGACGAUCUCCACGAAAUAUGCAAUGCUCAACUGGCAUUCAUACAGUGUGUUACUCAAGCUGCGGAAACAUGCAACAGAGAGUUAUCCACGGCAUUGGAGCUAAGUGUGAUUAACAACAGAGUAUUUUUGCAAGAGCUUUGUGUGCCUAGAUCAAGUUGGUGGAGACGAUAUCUAGAUAAUUCACCGUGUAUUAAUCGACAAAACUUUAGUUCCUGUUUUGCUUCAGAUUCUAUCGGCUCUCUUGGGAAUACGCAACAGCUUCCACUUAGAUGCACAGUCCGCGAUGAAGUAACUACUUGUAUCUCGAAUAUAACUUUGGAAAACUGUGAUGGCUUAGCUGCGGUCAUAUUCAUGCGUCUCCUGGCUUUGGCUACAGACGACGAUUUCAUAUGUUCGACUAUUGGUGAUCAAUCUAAACUGAACACUUACUACGAAACGCAAGGUGCUGAGAACAUGGCUGUAGCUGGGUAUUUCUCCCAAAAUAGACUGGGUCUAGUUGCACAAUUUGACUUAAAUACAGAAUCAUCAGCCACUGAACUGCCGUUGAAGAAUCUAGAUUUAAAAGAUAUUGAAGAUUCAGACAGCCCUGUCUUCUACGGGCCAGUACCAGGAAAGAUAACUGACGAAGAUAUCGAUAAUUUUCUACAUAUCGAGCAUCAUGUUUCGGAAGAAACUAAGACAUUCAGUGAAUGCAUUGGUGACGAUGAAACUCAAUGCGAAGCCUAUUUGCCUGACCUAGCAGCUCUGCCUAAUUUAGAUGUUGUCGUGUCGUAGACGCUCCUAUAGAAAGCAAGUCUGAAUGAUUUAUGAGGUAUUGACUAGGUGGUGUAAAAAUUUUUAAAUGCUUCGUAUUUAAGUGUGUUCCCUACUGAACUAAAAUCCUUAAUGUUAAGUCUUUUGUAAAACUGUACUAAUAAACAAUUAGCAGUUUC